AUGAAAGUCGACGUCGUUAACUUCGGUGCAGAGACGUCGGCCCAGAACGACUCUCGGUACAGCGUCAAGGACAUCAAGGAAGCUCUGGAAGGCAUGCGACAGCACUAUCCGACGAAGAGCUUUGAUGAGCGCGUGUCGCAGGUGUCGGUGAUGCUGGGCCUGCAGUAG